AUGGAGCGCCACGCAACAGGUCUCCGUUUCAUGGACGCUGUGCUGGACAAGUACUGCAGCGAUCCACUGAUGUACAUCCCGAGUGGCGACAUGAUGCUCUUCCGCGUGGCUCGCACAGACACUCAGCCCAGCAAUGGCAAGAACAAGAACAAGAACAAGGGCAGAGUCAGCCAGGAUGACCAGGACAUGGAGCAGGAGGACGCUGCUGCGUUCACUCUCGUGCAGGACAGCCGCUCAACGCAGACCCCGCACGCCACUUCAACGACCGCUGCUGCUGCAAAGGAGGAGGACCACGAUGGGCACGCUCGGACAAUCCAGCCCGAGACUGUCGCUGCUGGCGCUCGAGUCGCUGCUCAAGUAAUCGCAAACCAAACCGUGAAUGAUGACGCUCAAACGCCGACAACAGCAAUCAAGGGCGAUGCAUUCAGGCGCGCCAUGCUGGGACGCCUGGGCAUUGUCAGCGUGGCCAAUACUGCGCUCCAGUGCACGGGAUACUCGCUCGACGCGUACCGGGAGCUCGACGGGCUGUUUCCAAAGGUCACCGAGCUCGAUCUCAGUGGCGCACAGCUGACAUCAUUUGGCGACGUACUCGCAAUCUGCCGCUGGCUGCCAGCUCUGCAGACACUCAGCUUGGCACACAACCCAAAGCUGCAGCGCCUGCACUCGAUGGAGCAUUUGCACUCGCUGAUGGGGCCAGACCACGAGCGUUGGUUUGGGAGCGCUCCACCUGUGCACGCGCUCAGCUCCGAGCCAACGCCGCCUCGUGGCAUCCACCACACGGACAGAGCACCGGCCAUUCGAGAUCUCUUUCUGGGCGGCGUCAAGACGGAUUGGACGACCCUUGCCGUGCUGCUCAGCUUGCCACUCUUCCGCCAUGUCAAGUCGCUGAGCUUGAGCCACGAUGCCAUCGCCGAUUGGACGGCGUCGCUCACCGAGGUCGAGCAUGAUCUUCUCAGUCAGUCGGCGCUUGGGUUGUCUGUAGAGAGCCUGGACUUGAGCAAUGGAACGCUGAGUGAUUUGGCGUCGUUGGCACGAGCUGUUGGUUGGAUGCCGCAGCUCACACGUCUCAACCUUCGGAACAACCGCCUUGCUGACGCAACCUCGCAAGAAUGCAAUAGCACGAGCGGCGUCAACAACACCAGCAGCAGCAGCAACAGCAGCUUGUAUUCUUCGUUGGAGCAAGGUCAAGCGAAUGGCGACUCAGAGCCGAAAUUGUUCCCCAAAGUGCGUCAAGUUGUUUUGGCGCAAAACUCCAUUGCAAGCUGGGCUGGCUUGGAUGCCGUUCUAUCGGUCUUUCCAGCUCUAGCGGAGCUUCGAGUGGCCGAAAACCCGAUUUACCAACUUCCCGAGCUGUUUCGAAUCCACUCGGAAGCCACCUUGGAAGCCACCUUGGACUGGGCUGAUGGCACCGCAUCGGCCAGUCGCGUGGUACCUGCUCAAGAAGAGUCGCGAAUGCUUGUUAUUGCGCGAUAUCCAGCGCUCGUUCAGUUGAAUGGCUCUGAUAUUUCAUCAGCCGAGCGCCACGAUGCUGAGACUGCCUGGCUUUCUCAUUAUCGGCAAAGUCGGUCCCUUUUCACACAAGCUGGCUCUUGUGAUCCGUUACACAUUCACAUGGCGUGUGCUGAGCGUUUACUCCAGGCACGAGGACAGUCGUUGCGGUAUGACGAGUUGGCGGAUUGCGAUUAGGUUACUUUGCGCAAAAAAAAAAAAAAAAAAAAAAAAAAAAA